CAAAGAGUGAGGUAAAUCACGUACAACCCAGUCAUGAGACUGCAGACUUUUAACACCCUCCACUCUUAUUGAUACACCACAGCUGACCUGUGAAACCAAACGAGGAUUAUCUCCUCUUAUUACUGCCUUAGAAGCUCGUGCAGAAGUUACAGUUGAAACGAUGUUUCUCUUAGGACAUUUCGCUCGCCAAGCCUUGAGACGUCAACUUUAUUUUAAAACACAGACACCAUGCCUUGUUCCAGUCACUUCAGUCAACACAUCGAAAUGUCGAGCUCAGUCGACUCAAGCAAAGGAGUCUCGUUCGUUUGCUAUGAAUCUAUUUCGAGGAAAUGUCAUCUCUGAUCAAGUCUUUCCAUUUCCAGAAGUUCUAAAUGAAGACCAGAAGCAAACUUUGUCUGAGUUAGUUGAUCCUUGUGCUAAAUUCUUUGAGGAAGUAAACGAUGCCACCAAGAAUGACCAACUUGAGAAAGUGGAUGAUGCUUCCAUGGACGGUCUCAAAGAAAUGGGAGCAUUUGGCUUGCAGGUUCCAUUUGAUUAUGGGGGUUUGGGCCUCACUAAUACAAUGUAUGCUCGUCUCGUUGAAAUUGUUGGUGCUCAUGACCUUGGCGUUGCUAUCACUCUUGGAGCGCAUCAGUCGAUUGGUUUCAAAGGCAUCUUAUUAUUUGGGAAUAACGAACAAAAAACCAAAUACCUGCCGUCAUUAGCCACUGGAGAGAAACUUGCUGCCUUUUGUUUAACUGAAUCUGCGAGUGGAUCUGAUGCCAGUGUAAGUAGAACUUUAACAAUUCUAACAUCUUAAAUUACUAACCAUUCUUAAUUGGGGUGGAUUAGGGUGGGAGGAUUAAAAGAAUAUAUUUUUAUUUAUUAGACUCGAGUUCAUGAUAAGAAGAGUGGCGCCGAAAAAGACAAAGUUUCAGCAUUCAUUGUUGAACGAAGUUUUGGUGGAGUGACAUCUGGUUCACCUGAGAAAAAAAUGGGGAUCAAAGCUUCCAAUACAGCUGAAGUCUAUUUUGACAAUGUGAAGGUUCCUAAAGAGAAUCUUUUAGGAGAAGCUGGUGAAGGUUUUAAAGUUGCCAUGAAUAUAUUAAACAAUGGUCGUUUUGGAAUGGCAGCCUGCCUCUCUGGCACAAUGAAAACAUGUAUACAAGCAGCUGCUGCACAUGCAAGUCAAAGAACACAAUUUGGUCGUCGUAUUGACAGUUUUGGAACCAUUCAGGAGAAGCUAGCUAGAAUGAGUAUGUAUCAGUAUGUUACAGAGUCAAUGGCUUAUAUGGUGUCUGCUAACAUGGACCAGGGUUCUACAGAGUUCCAGAUUGAAGCUGCUAUCAGCAAGAUUUAUGCUUCGGAAUCUGCCUGGUAUUGUGCUGAUGAGGCUGUACAGAUCCUUGGUGGUAUGGGUUAUAUGAAGGAAGCUGAGUUGGAGAGGGUCAUCAGAGACUUACGAAUAUUUAGAAUAUUUGAAGGAACCAAUGAUAUUCUGCGAUUAUUUGUUGCCUUGACUGGAAUUCAGUAUGCUGGUUCACAUCUGAAGGAACUGCAGAAGGCUUUAAAGAAUCCUACAGCUAACCUGGGUCUCAUAUUUGAUGUUGGUGCUGUCCGAGCCAAAAGACUAGUUGGUUUAAAUUCUGGUCCUUCGUUAAACGAAUAUGUCCAUCCAGAUCUAACCAAAGUAGCUGAUAAGACUUCCAAAGCCAUUUCACUGUUUGGUUCCACUGUUGAAUCAUUGUUGAUGCAGUAUGGAAUGAAGAUUAUUGAUGAACAGUUUAUUCUGAACAGAGUUGCAGAUUCAGCCAUUGAUAUUUAUGCAAUGGUCAGCAUUUUAUCUCGUUCGUCAAGGUCUCUGGCUCAGAGACUUCCCUCUGCCCAACACGAGAGUCUUAUCUGUAAUGUUUUCUGUGAUGAGGCACUUGAAAAUGUGGAGAACAAACUGAAAACUGCCAAAGACCCAGAAUCUAAGAAAAAUUUCCAGAAAAUGUCAUUGAUAUCACGAGACAUUGUAGAGAGUGGAUGUGUUGCUGCAAAACACCCACUGGGAUUUUGAUGAAGAUUGUACCACUUAAUGAAUCAUUUUUAUUAAAAUGUAAUCCCAUU